GUUGUUCAUAAAAAAGUGUUUGGGUUGUACGGAGAGGAUAUCUCCGGAGGAGUUGGUGAUGAGGGCGUGCGACAACAUCUUUCAUCUUAGAUGCUUCACCUGCGUGGUGUGCGGAAUUCGGUUGCAGAAGGGCGAUCUGUACGUGAUCAAGCAGGGUCAGCUCUUCUGUCGGAUAGACUACGAGAAAGAGGUGGAGAUGCUGCAGGGCUACGGACACGGUGAUUUUUUAUGCGACGACCUGCUGCAGACCAGUAGAGCCCACGACGGCCGAAGAGGACCUAAAAGACCUAGGACUAUUCUGACGACGCAGCAGAGGAGAGCCUUCAAGGCUUCCUUCGAGGUGAGCCCGAAACCGUGCAGGAAAGUCAGGGAGGCUUUGGCGAAGGACACAGGGUUAAGCGUUCGGAUCGUGCAGGUUUGGUUCCAGAAUCAACGGGCGAAAAUGAAGAAGAUGCAGAAGAAGGCGCGACAGGAUGGCGGAAAAGGUCCGAAGGACGCGGACGGCGAUGGCGAGAAGAAGCUGAGCGUGAAGGAGGAGGAGCAGAGUCCGACGUCGACGCCGUUCUUCAACGAUAGCUGCAGCGACACCGAAACCACCGGAGACGCGGAAACCCUCAACGACAACAAGCACUUUCUGCAGAUCAAGGAGGAAAUCGAGAACGACUCGGCUUUCUUCAAGUGCAACAACAAUUUGGCUCUAAGACAAUUUGCUGGUUUGAUGCAAGAGAAGCGCGAAGACUACAUUUUCGACUCGGGCCAACCGAACGUCUUCAUGAUACCACCAAUAUCUGCCCAUCAGGCCCAUCACCAUCAUCACCAUCAACACAACGCAACCAUCAUCAACCCCAUAGACCGUCUCUACUCAAUGCAGAACUCGUACUUUUGCGGCGAAGACGAGAACAUGAUGGAACAGUAAAUCGUAGGCAAAAUCGGGCCAACUCUGAA